AACGCAGGAGUUGACAAACGUACGGACAGACGCACAACGGCAGCCGCACUGAUAUUAGCUGUUUGUUUUUUUGUUUUUGAAGUCGACUUUUCGCGUUAAGGGAAAUUGUUAUUUUAAAACUUCAGUUUUCUGAGGUCGCAACAUGAGAGGGAGCGAAGUCCAUGCAGCAGAAUCUGUUGCCUACCUUAACAGAGCAAUGGUUAGGCUGCAGGAAAUUUGGGACGAGAUUGGGAUCCUAGAGGAGCAGCGUCUGGAAAGAACCAACGAGGUCCACAAGCACAUCAAAGGUUUGCUGGAUUUAAUGAUUGCUGAGGAAGAAGCACAUAAACCCAGACUAGUAAAAAGCAUUGAGUCCUGCCGCAAAGAACUUAGUGAUCUAUGCAGUGAACUUCAGCUGCCCCCCUUUGAGGAUGAGGAAGAUGGUUGCACCAUGCUGCAGAUGGAGAAGAACUAUCGCACAAAACUAGAAGUCAUGAAGGAGCAUAAGAGGCAAAGAUUGGAGGAGCUUAAACGGCUGACAGCUAAAGACUGCGAGCUGUGUGACAUUAUGUGCACCACACCUUUUUCCAUCAACAAGAACUCCCUCCCAUCACUGACGCAGCUGGAAGCAUACCGUGCCUACCUUGACGAGCUGACAAAAGAGAAGGAGCGUCGCCAUCUCGAAUUUGUGAGCUUGAAAAAGGAGAUUGCAUUAUGCAUGAAUGAUUUGGAGCAGCAACCAGAGACCAGUUUUGAAACAGAUGUGAUGUGUGAGGACGAUGAAGCAUUUUGUCUGUCAAAUGACAACAUGGAUGCUCUUAAACUGCUCCUUGGCCAGUUAAAAGAACGCAAGAAUGAGAUUCAACUCCACUGUUCUGCUCUACGCACUAAGAUACAACAAUUGUGGGAAAGACUUCAGGUUCCUCAAGAGGAAAGGGAAGGAUUCUCUGAGCAUAUGGUCAAGUCAAAAAAGAAAAACAUUGAAGCACUUCAGAUUGAGUUCCAGCGACUGGAGGUUUUGAAAAUUCAGAGCAUGAAAAGUGUAACUGAGGCCAUCAGAGCUGAGAUUGCCCUCCUUUGGGAGAGAUGCUUCUAUAGUCAAGAGCAGUGCCAGGCUUUUGUUCCAUAUCAUGAAGAUAAUUUCACUGAAGAGCUUCUCAACCUCCAUGAGGCUGAAGUUAAAGCCUUAAAAAAGUACUAUGAGGAUCAUAAAGAGCUCUUUGAUGGAGUCACGAAAUGGCAGGAGAACUGGUCCUUGUACUUGGAACUUGACAAAAAGGCAAAUGAUCCAGGAAGGUUCAACAACAGAGGUGGAAAUCUUCUGAAAGAGGAGAAACAAAGAAGUGACCUGCAGAAAAGUUUGCCUAAGCUGGAGAAGAUUCUCAAGGCCCAAAUUGAUUUGUGGGAGCAGGAGCAGGGCAAGGAGUUCCUUGUGGGUGGACAGAAAUUCAUGGAGUAUGUUCAGAAGCAGUGGGAUGAGCACCAGUCUGAAAAAGAGAAGGAGAAACUGGAGAGGCAACUGAAGAAAACUAAGCAGACUCAGGAGGACAUGUUGUAUGGAACGACUGUUAGGACACCAUCCAAGAGGCGGAUGGCAGGGAAUCCCACACCAGUCAAACUCAGAAAGCUCAAUGGAACCUCAACCAUGUCCACACCCACCAGCUUCCUCAGCUCUGGCUUCGGUGGAACCAUGUGUCAGUCAUCAUUCCAGAAACCGCCUCUGUCCACUACCAAGGGUUUUGGCAUUCGAACCCCUGGACAAGGACGGACUCCCCGUGUACUAGAUCGAAACAAGGAAAACAUCUCCCAUCUUAGAAACACUCCAACAAGUGGCACAUUAAGGUCUCAGGAUACUCAAGAUCACACCUUCACCAUAAACUCUAUCGCUGGCUCCUAUUCGGAAUUUGCGAGGGACCUCACGAAGGCUUCUAAGUCGAACGUGAAGACGGGAAUUAUGAACUCCACCGUCCAGAAUCACUGAUGGUUCAAUGGAGCUGCUUCAGCACUGGGGGUCAUCCAGCUCAGCGGUGGUCUGGUCUAGUACUGAUGUCACUGAACAAGAAGCUUCUAAUGUAAACGUCCUCACAAAAACUAUAUUGUAUAUAUUUAUGAAAAGUGAACAUUCUGAGACUCAAGCAGUUUUAAACUUUAUUUCAGGAUUCUAGUGCCGAGUCUGUAUGUGUGUGUUUGUAAUAUGGCUGCUGUGGCUGUUGUAUUUUUAUUUUUUGCAUUACAGCUUUUUCAUAUGAAACAAUAUUCAGCACUACUUGAUUUCAGUACUGUAGCGUUAAGCCAGUGCACUAUAAAUUUGCUCCUCCAGCUGGGAUGACAGCUACAUUUUCUCUUGAUCUAAUUAUUUUGAGGGCUUUUUUUCUCUUUUUUUCUUUUUUAAAUCAAGCUGUAAAUAAACAUUCU